CGUUCAAGUUUGCAUAAUCUGUCGCUCUUUGCGAUCACAUAGGCAGUCGCGGUCAAAAAGACAGCGCCAUGCUCUACAAAAUUCAGCAAAGUAAUCAGCCGGUACAUACAUAGAGAGCCAAGUCCAUCGACAUCAUCCCAUGCCAGGUAAAUUGACGCGAGAAUAUCAGGCUUCCCUUAAGCGCACAUUUAGCGCUCGCCUUGUCCCUGAUCCGCGAACACACAUGUUGGCAGCACAUUCACGGCAAUGCCGUCUCGUUGAAUCGACCUCGAUAUGCUUUCAAGAGAAGCUUCAGCUAAGCCUCCUUCCGGAAAUUUCUUCUCUCGUCUCUACGACCGGAUAGAGAAUUUCGUCCUCUACCAAUCCACCUUCUUUCGAUUACACCUAUUUGCCUUUGUCUUCAUACCACUAAUAUCUUCUGCAAUUUUCUGGGGGUGUAAUGGCCGCUUCAAAAUCAGCUAUUUGGACUCUUUAUUUCUAUGCUACUCAGCAAUGACUGUCACAGGCCUUUCUACGGUGAAUCUAUCAUCUAUGACGGCCUGGCAACAGAUCAUUCUUUACUUGCUUAUGAUGAUGGGCGAUAUAACAAUGGUUUCGUGGAUAAUGGUUUUGGUUCGAAAAGAGUAUUUCAAACGGACGUGCGAGUAUGAGUAUGUUGCGAAGAAAAGAAGACCCCCACAGGAUCGCAAGACCUUUUUGGCAUCUAUUUCACCACCUAUGAAUGCGAAAAGAGCCAGAGAACCAGUACCUAUGAAUAAUAGCAAUAACAGGCCUCGCUCGCCAAAAUCGACAGAGGGGCCUACACCUACUUUCAAAUUAAUACAUCCUACACCUGCAGCCACUUUCGACAUCGUCGAAAAGGUUGGCGUUGAUGAUCGUGUUCACGAGCAAACAAAUUUAGACGACCCUUCGCUCUUUACGGACAACAACGCCCUUACGUCUUCUCCAGAAGCAAUCAACACGGAGCUUCCCCCAGAACCCGUAACCUCACUUUCUCCCCGCGCUCAUGGCGUUGACUUUGCGUACACUACGUCGCUUAGGAGAGUGAACACUUUCCGCACGACAAAUGGUGUUCCAUUGACGCGGCGGACUACCACCAUUUUAACUAAUCGCCUACAAGACGCUAAUGCUUCUGACUCCAAACACAAAUACGACAUGGGAUUUCCCGGGCCCGUACAUAUAGCACGCAAAGCCCUCAAAACGUUCUCUCCAAAGACGUAUCGCAAGUUAGAGCGAAAGCUAACGAUGCCGUAUACCCGCACCGUGGAGGGCAGCAAUGUAUCCUGGCUCAGCCCCAACUCAGAGAUCGUCGUUGGUCCAAACUCGGACUUCCAUGUAGAGACGUUAUCGGAUGAUCUGGUAGAACAGAUCGGGGGAAUAGAGUAUGUUGCGUUGAGAUGGUUAAGCUAUAUGGUUCCUUUAUAUUUUAUCGGUACUCAACUUAUAUCCUUUAUAUUGUUCGCGCCCUGGCUCUCUGCCACACACCAAUACGAUGACGUGUUUGCAAAUCAGCUGAGAAUUGUUCAGAAACCUUGGUUUAGUCUAUUUCAAGUCAUGGGCGCGUAUACUGGUGGCGGUCUUUCUUUGGUAGAUGAAGGAAUGGUCCCGUUUCAAAGUGCAUAUCUUAUGGUUUUUUCCUUGAUGUUCGUCAUCUUGGCCGGGAAUCAUGCGCUGCCUAUAUUUUUACGUUUGGUGAUCUGGAUUGGCUCUAAAAUUUCGAAACCCGGAUCCGAAUCAGAAAAGGCGUUUAGCUUUCUAUUAGAUCAUCCUCGGAGAUGUUUUGUAUAUCUAUUUCCUAGCCAUCAAACUUGGUUUUUGGUUAUAUGUUUGUUUUUGUUCAGUGCAAUAGAAUGGGCAGCUUUUGAGGUACUAGGCAAGUCAUCUUCCUUGUCUCAUUGGGUCCGCCAUAGAUACACAUGCGAUUGUAGGCCACUGCACUACCGUGCAUGGCAAAAACUCGGCUCCUUCCUUGUGGGUUAUUAAAUAUCAAUUAAAUAUUAU